CUUCUUUAUAAGCUCUGAACAAAGUCCUCAAAAAGUGUCAGACAGCCGCAACCAAAACCAAACACACCUUCACCACCGCUUUAAUCAGCCAAUGUCGCCGGAAAUACAGGCUGUGCCACCACCACUAUCCGACUGAUCGCUACCACCACCUCCACCGCCACCAACACUCUCUUCUUCAAUAAUGUCACUCUCCAAACAAAACCAAGCGGCCUCAACUCGGGACCUUAAGCACCGAGUCCUCACGUGCCUCCACAAGCUCUCCGACCGUGACACCCACUCCUCCGCCGCCGUGGAACUCGAAUCCAUCGCCAAGACUCUCUCUUCCGCCACCAUCCCGCCCUUCGUCUCCGCCGUCUCCGCCACCGACUCCGCCGACAAAUCUCCCGUCCGCAAACAAUGCCUCCGCCUCAUCUCCCUCCUCUCCGAAUCCCAUGGCGAUUCCAUCUCUCCAUUCCUCCCCAAACUCAUCUCCUCCAUCAUCCGCCGCCUCCGCGACCCCGACUCCGCCGUCCGUUCCGCCUGCAUUUCCGCCACCGCCUCUCUCUCCUCACACUUGGCCAGACCUCCUUUUUCCUCAAUCAUGAAGCCAUUUUUCGAAGCUUUAGUCACUGAACAAGACUUAAAUGCUCAGAUCGGUGCGGCACUGUGUUUGGCGAAGGCAAUUGAGAUGUCUGAUGAUCCAGAGCCAAUGCAAUUGAGAAAGUUAGUGCCGAGGAUGGAGAAGUUGCUGAGGAGUGAGAGUUUUAGGGCGAAAUCGGCGCUGUUGACGCUGAUCGGGAGUGUAAUUGAGGCUGGCGGAGCCAGGAAUGUGAAUUUGGUGAGAAAUCUAGUGUCGUGUUUAGUCGAGUUCCUGAGCAGUGACGAUUGGGCGGCGAGGAAGGCCGCUGCGGAGGCGUUAAUCAAACUGGGUAUGGUCGAGAGGGAUGCUUUGUCGGAGUUUAAGGCUUCGUGUAUGAAGACCUUUGAGGCCAAGAGAUUUGACAAGGUGAAGGUUGUGAGGGAAACAAUGAAUCAAAUGAUGGAGGUUUGGAAGGAGAUUCCUGAUUUAUCCGGUGAGGUCUCGUCGCCUCCUAAAUCACAAUCUUGUUCUAAAGGGACAGAGGAUGGUAGUGACGUGCCCUAUGGAGCUCCUCAAUUGAAGAGAAAACCUGUACUUGCUGACAGAUCACCUUUCCCUGAUGGUUCUGCUGCUACAGCCAGGAGGAGAAGUCUAUUGGAUAGUAAUGGCAAGAAAACAGGUCCAGCAUUGUUCCGAAAACUAGACCGUAAGAAGCCUAGCGAUUGGAAAGUUGAAAUUGCUGCUCCAAAUGUUACUUCAAGGGCAGUGGUUGGUGAAGUUGAUCCUGGUUGUGGAGAAAAAACAUUCGAGAAAGGGGAUAAGGAGGGAAAUAGAUCUACAAAGCAAGAAACGAGGCGUACCCUUUUCAGUAAGGACUCCGAUGGAAGAAUGCACAAGUUUGGUGGAUUUAAGGCUGGAUCUCGCGUUGUUCCGUGUAAUGAUGAGAGGUCGGAAUCUACUGUUGUCACAAGUAAUGUGCCUGAGGACAUCAGUAGAAACCACAAAGAGUGUGAGGAUUUAUCUUUGAUCCGUGGGCAGCUUGUUCAAAUUGAAACUCAGCAGUCCAAUUUGUUAGAUCUCCUCCAGGGAUUCAUUGGGAGCUCACAGAACGGAAUGCGUUCCUUGGAGAAACGUGUUCAUGGUCUAGAGCUUGCAUUGGAUGAGAUCUCAUAUGACUUGGCUGUGUCAACUGGAAGGAUGUCAAAUCCUGACUCUGCAGCUAUUUGUUGCAAGCUACCUGGUGCAGAAUUUUUGAGCUCUAAGCUCUUUGGGAGAACAGAAGGUCGAUUUUCAACUUCCCGGUUUUCUUUCAGUGGUACACCAUCAGUGGCUGCCAUGCGCAACACAGUCGGUAGCCAUGGCAAUACUGAGACAUUUAAGCCAGAGAAUAGGAGGUUUUGGCGGGGUGGUGGUGGUGGGUUUGUUGUGAACCCAUUGGCUGAGAUGAACAGUGAAUCCCAAGAAAUUUCAGUGAUUUCCUCCAAAAGGGUCUCAAAUAAUGUCUAUCCUGGCGUCUAACAUGCCAUUGGACAUCAUCUGCCAGAGUUACCCGCAGAUGAGCUGUUACAUCAGAUACAUAUUGGAGGUGUAAUACUCAUAUUAUUAGCUGAGAAGCGAAGCUAUGGAUUGGAGUUCUUGCCAUACUACAUACGAAAAAAAAAAUUGAGUUUUACAGGUAGUUUGAACCAGCCAGGUCACAACCCAUAUACGGCAAGUGCUGGCUAAUCAACAUCCUGGGUGAGAAUAUUAAUCCGGCUAAGCAAAAUGUAGAGAUCUGCAAGCAAAUGGACAAAUUUUAAAGUGUUCAUUUUGACAGAUCAUUCAACACAAUUUUUUAUUCAUCUGCCCUUCUUUUAAAAUAUGUAUCCCACAGUUUUUUUAUUCAUCGACACUUCUCGGUUUAUAUAAACAAAACACAAAUACGAUAUAAUUUUUAAAUAAUAUAAUCUAAAUAUGAG